AGUAACAACACGAAGGUCCUUGGCUACCUUGACAACCCGUUCCCGCACUUCUUUCGACGGGGGUUAAUGGUCUCGCUGAGCACAGACAGUCCGCUUAUGUUCCACCACACGCAGGAACCGCUACUGGAGGAGUAUUCCAUCGCCUCCAAAGUGUGGAAACUUGGACCGAAUGACAUGUGCGAGAUUGCACGAAAUAGUGUGCUACUUUCUGGUUUCGACACCGCCUUCAAACGCGAGCGCCUAGGGGAUCUUUUUUUUCUCUCAAGCAGCAGAAGCAACGAUGCAUCACGCACGCACCUCUCUGACAUCCGAGUGGCGUAUCGCUUUGAGACGUAUCACUCAGAGAUUGGGCUUUUGGAGCACAUCUGCGGACUCGAGUUCCCCAAAGCGCUCCUCACUCUUAGCGAGGAGAGCGCACGAGAGGCCGAGUUCCUUGAGGCGGUUAAAAAAAAGAAGGAGGUGCCGCUUGGUGGCAUCAUUAAUCCCCAGCCACAGGAGGCGGAUAUUGACAAGCUGCAACAACAACGUUUGCUGAUGCAGAGGCAACUAGAGGAGCUUACCAAGACACUUACGGAGCUUCAGCGGCAGAAUAAACAGUUGACGGAGAAACUUGCGGAAGAGAUGGCACGAGAUCAACAGGCGCAACAGAUGCGCCGCCGAAGUUUUGAAGGACGAUGGGAUCAAAUAAUGGAAUCGGAAGGGAAGAAACGAUCCUCGGUGGUUGCGAAGCAGAUUGGCGAGACCUCCUUGGGGCGUCUUUUUGGCUCGACGAUUAUUUCCGUUCUGUGUAGCCCCGGUGGCGCUGCAGGUGGAGGCGAAGAAGUAACAUGGGACGGUGCCGGAGAUGACGCGGACGAUUCUAACUCCCAGCAGCAACAGCAACAGCAACAACAGGAGCAGGUGCAACAGAAUGAAGGUCAAUCUAAUGGGCGGACUGCAUCCAUGCAGUUCAAUACUAUGGGUAACCUGGGUGCGAUGGCUGGCGGGAACAACGCCUCCAAUGCGAUGAGUGCCACCCUCGGCAGUGACGCCAAAGGUAUUGCCGCCGUCACUACAGCCUUGGUGAACUUCCAGGAGAACAUGUGGAGCAGGAAAACCGGCGACAAUGACUCCCAAUUCCCUCAGAAGAAACUGGGCUCUCAAAAAGGAUGCAUCACCUCGGUUCUACCACCGAUCAGCACCGAUUUGGCUCUCACAAGUUUCAACGGCGCAUCCCCGAAAAAGGGUCAUUCUCUCGCGAAGCAACCACCAACACCGCCUCAGCGCAGCUCACGGGAAGUCGAUGUGCAGCGAUCUGCAGCCGUUUUACCGCAUUUAUUUCAGUAG